AUGGGUUCUUGGAAAGCUUUUCACUUCUCCCCUUUUCUUCUGUGGAGUCAGAGUAGAGGGGUGAGGUUGAUGUUCUUGUUACUGACCCUGCAUUUGGGAAACUGUAUUGAUAAAGCAGAUGAUGAAGAUGAUGAGGAUUUAACGGUGAACAAAACUUGGGUCUUGGCACCAAAAAUUCAUGAAGGAGAUAUCACACAAAUUCUCAACUCAUUGCUUCAAGGUUAUGACAAUAAACUUCGUCCAGAUAUUGGAGUGAGGCCUACGGUAAUUGAAACUGAUGUUUAUGUAAAUAGCAUUGGACCAGUUGAUCCCAUAAAUAUGGAAUAUACAAUAGAUAUAAUUUUUGCCCAAACCUGGUUUGACAGUCGUUUAAAAUUUAACAGUACCAUGAAAGUGCUUAUGCUUAACAGUAAUAUGGUUGGAAAAAUUUGGAUUCCUGACACUUUCUUCAGAAACUCAAGAAAAUCUGAUGCUCACUGGAUAACAACUCCUAAUCGUCUACUUCGAAUUUGGAAUGAUGGACGAGUUCUAUAUACUCUAAGAUUGACAAUUAAUGCAGAAUGUUACCUUCAGCUUCAUAACUUUCCUAUGGAUGAACAUUCCUGUCCACUGGAAUUUUCAAGCUAUGGAUACCCUAAAAAUGAAAUUGAAUAUAAGUGGAAAAAGCCCUCUGUAGAAGUGGCUGAUCCUAAAUACUGGAGAUUAUAUCAGUUUGCAUUUGUAGGGUUAAGGAACUCAACUGAAAUCUCUCACACAAUCUCUGGGGAUUAUAUUAUCAUGACAAUUUUUUUUGACCUGAGCAGACGAAUGGGAUAUUUCACUAUUCAGACCUACAUCCCAUGCAUUCUGACAGUUGUUCUUUCUUGGGUGUCUUUUUGGAUCAAUAAAGAUGCAGUCCCUGCAAGAACAUCACUGGGUAUCACUACAGUUCUGACUAUGACAACUCUGAGUACAAUUGCCAGAAAGUCUUUACCUAAGGUCUCUUAUGUGACUGCAAUGGAUCUCUUUGUUUCUGUUUGUUUCAUUUUUGUUUUUGCAGCCUUGAUGGAAUAUGGAACCUUGCAUUAUUUUACCAGCAACAAAAAAGGAAAACCUACUAUGGAAAGAAAGCUAAAAAACAAAUCCUCGAUGUCUCCUGGUUUUCAUCCUGGAUCUACUCUGAUUCCGAUGAAUAGCAUUUCUGUGCUGCAAGAAGAAGAUUAUGGGUAUCAGUGUUUGGAGGGCAAGGAUUGUGCCAGCUUCUUCUGCUGCUUUGAAGACUGCAGAACAGGGUCUUGGAGGGAAGGAAGGAUACACAUACGCAUUGCCAAAAUUGACUCCUAUUCACGAAUAUUUUUCCCAACAGCUUUUGCCCUGUUCAAUCUGGUUUAUUGGGUUGGCUAUCUUUACUUAUAA